AUGAUAACACUCGCACUGUUCGUGUCACUCCUCUUGACGGUAACAAGGCGUUAUUCUGGUAAGUAUGUCCAUUUGAUUUAUAUCAAUUUUUAAUUUCACAAUAAGUGAGACAUUUCUUGCUAGCUUAGUGGUCUUCGAGAGCUCAGUAUGGUCGAUGUAAUUUUUUUAAGAGCUUAGGAGAGGGAAAGAAUGCGGAGCGCAUCUAGACACCCACACCGUAAUUUUUAGGGAGCUAUUAUAACUCCAAAAAUGGAGUAAAAAUUUUAGGUACAGGAUAACCCCUUUUUGGGGUUAUUUUUGCUCCUAAUUUAACUGCGAAUUUGGGGUCAUUUUUACUCCUGAAAAAGACUUCUUUUACUCUCAGUCUGGAGUUAAAAUAACUCCGAAAUGGGGUUACUUUUACUCCUUACAUGGGUUGUUUUUACUCUUUUUGCAGUUAAUUUAACUCUGAAAGUGCAGUAAAAAUUUUAUGUACAGGAUAACUCCUUUUUGGGGUUAUUUUAACUCCUCAACUGAUCUGGGGUCACUUUUACCCCUGAAAAAGAGUUUUUUAAACUCCUUUCUGGAGUUAAAAUAACCUCCCCAAAAAUAACUCCACUGUAAGGAGUUAAAUUAGCCCCACUAGAGGAAUUAUUAUAACUCCUUGAAAAUUACUGUGCACGGCUGCCCACGGCAAGGCAAGUGUAAUCACCGUCUGCCUUCAGCCACAGCUUAUAACACUUUCAACGAUCUUGACCAAUCUCAUCUAAUAAUUGCAUUGUUCAUUAUCGUUAAGUCACAAGAGUCACAGUUGCCCAAUUUGAUCCUUUUAGGUUUGGAAUGCCCAGAAACGUGGAGCGAAUUUGAAGGCUUUUGCUACAAGGUUAUGGAUAGGCUCGGUUAUCCGCGAAGCUUUGCUUGGUCAACAGCUUUAAGCGGGUGUUUUGGGCUUGGAGGAGACCUGGUAAGCAUAUCGAAUGAAAAAGAAAUCGACUUUGUCCAUAACUUGACUUUCAAGGACGCAAACCCCACUUCUGUUUGGAUUGGGUUGGUGUAUCGGCAUCAAACGGGUGGAUAUGUAUGGAACAGUGGAGAAUCGUUUAAAAUUUCUGCUUCCGUCCAGUGGCUCAGCAAUAUGUCGAGAAUUGUCAAUGAAAAUAAAUGCGUCGAAAUCUUGAAAAAUGGUUGGAACCUCACCGAAUGUUGCAAGGAAAAUGAACAUUUCAUCUGCAAGAGACCGAAA